AGCCAGGCAUCAGUUACUUGUGUGAACGUCUAACGUAAACAUUUCGUAAAAGAUUUUCUGUUUUUGAAAAACUCGCCAAAAUUUAUCCCACCGUAGAACAAAUUUUAGACAUGGUUCUCAAGACACAAUCGGCCAACAACAAGGAUGAGACGUUGGAGUCAGGAGAAUCGGCAGCCAAUCAUCUGGUUGUGAACACCACCGAUUUUAAGGAUCAUGAUUUCGAUGAUUUCGUAACACUCUCCGAGGCAAUUGAACGCAAUAAUCGCCAGCGUAGAUCCCAGCGACGGCCACGUCAUCACACCAUGGUGGCCACCAUGACCCGGGAGGAGCUAUUCGAGUGCACCAAUGUCGAUGAUGAUCAAUUCCUGAAUGCCCUGGAACAUCAAAAUGAGCUCGAUGCGAGCAUGAAUAAAACUGUCCUGCUGCGAAGCAUUGAUAACCUAAUGAAGUAUUUCGAUGAGGAUGUCCAGGUGCCGGACAGUUCGGGUAAAAGUACCCCCGUGAAAUUGCGGGCCAAAGGUAAGGUGGCCUCGGCAGUGGCCUCGUUUCGCAGCAAGGCUCAAAAGACCCCCUCCCCCAUGGCCAAGAGGAAAAGUAAGCCCACAGCUGAGGUUGCCCUCUCCCACAACUCCAGCAGUGUGGUGGGAGAGUUAAAGAAACGCUAUGAGCAGAGUCCAAAGCCGGAGGACAAGGAGAACUUUUCACCCAACAAAACAUUGACUUUGAGUCCGAAAAUGUUAAAACGUUCCAGGGUCAAACAAAUGGCGGCUUUGAUGUUGUCUCCUGAAGCUGGAGCAAAACCCAGCCAAUCUCCCCUGAAAUCGGCCACCAUGAGCCCCAAAAUGUUGCGAAAAUCCAAGGUCAAACAAAUGGCUUUGUUGUUUAACAACAAAAUGAAUUCGAUUAUGCGCAAGUGCCCCACUCCGAAUCAGGAGGAGGUCAAACCCAAGGAUGAGUUGGAAGAGGAACCCCAAACACCCACUGAACCCAUAUCGCCAGGCCUCUCCUCAAUUGCCUCGCCAAAUUUCACCUCAACCUUGGUGAAACCCAAGUCGCCGAAACUGAAACCCAAAAUGCCCACCUUCAUUGCCAAGCUACCCAGCCCUAGGGCCAGUCCAUUGUUCAAGAGACGCCAGCUAAACAAGACCGCCAGCAUUUCUUCCCUAUCCCUCGCGGCAAGUCCCUCCAAGAAGAAGCCUUUGGAAAGGCAGCCCAGCACCACCUGCCUGGUGGCUGAGAGUGUUUUCCAACAGCUCUCCGUCAAGGAUAAGGCCUUGCUCUACAACAAAUUCAUCGAAGAUAUGUCGAGGAAAAAUCCGAAAUUCUCCAAACAUGGCCAGGUUUUGGAGAACAAUGUCAAAAAGGAAAUAUCCCGCGGCGAAGUGGUGUGUGAGAGGCAGGGAACGGUUAAGCAUUUGCGGGCCUCCCUUGAAGCUAAAAUUACACCCACCAAGUCCUCCACACCCAAUGCCCUGACCAAGACCCUGCAAAGAUUCAAGAAAUCUCCCGGCCUGGAUUCAACACCCCCCAAGGCCAAGGCCAGGAAAUUUGAAGAUCUCAAUGGACCUCAAACACCCGGCCACAAUAACACCACCACCACAUUUAGCCAAGAGGACGAUGACACCGAAGAUCCGCUACAUGUCAGCACCCUUACCGUCAUCCUCAAACCCAGUCCGGAGGCAAAAAAGUACGCCACCAAACCCCGAACGGCGCGAAAGAAACGCGAUGUCCGUUUCCUCUCCGAUUUGGGCGUCAUUGGACCGCAAACGACUUUUAAAAGAACCCAGGAAAUGAUACGUUCCUCCGUCCUUGUGGAACCCUUUGCACCGCCCAAGAAAAUCCGCCGCACCCAACACGAACGUCUGGCACCGAAAAUGUUUUUUCAGAAUCAACAUUUGGAAAAGCUUUUCUAUAACUGGCUAAAGGAGAAGAACGGGGUGGUCUUCGACAUUACACCGGUGCACAAUAAACGGGAUGUCAUUGAAAUUGUGCCCAAGAACUCGAGGGAUAAUGUCAUACCCAAGGAUAAGGUGGAUCAGCUGCUGGAGCAGGCCAUUAAUAAAUUGGAGGCACAGGAGACUCGAGAGGAGAGCACAAAGGAGCAGAGUGCCAUAGAGAUUAUCAAGGAGACGCUGGAGGAGAAGAGCUCCAUUGAUGUCUCGGUGAUAGAGGUGGAGUUACCCAUUGAGGAGCCGGAGCAGGACGGCCAAAAAGAAAAGGAGGACAAAACAGAAACCAAAAAAGAAAAUCUCCCUCACGAAGACCUUUCCCAAUCCCAAGAAUCCCUGGACAGUGAUUUGGGUGUGGCUAGUAUAACCAAGACCUCUAGCGAAGAUUCGAACACUGAAAAGGAUUCACUCGACACACCGGUGGCCAGGGCGGAAACCCAAAAACCCCUGCGCAAGAAAAAAUUAAGGCGUUCUCUGACCUGGAAAAAGGACUACUCCCUGGUUGAUGUAAACCCCAUUGCUUCCACGGACUCAGAUUCCGAUUGUCGUUCCCUCAGCAAUAAAUCCCUGACGGGUACCCUCUCCAAGUCGAAAAAAUGCUCGGCCUAUGUCAAAAAGUUACUCUUCAAGACCAUUAAUUCCUCGCUCAGCUCCGAGCAGGCCAGCCAGGCCAGUGUGGGAGCGGGCCAAGAACUUAGUGUCCUCGAACUGGAUCGUUCACUGAUGCGUCAAAUCAAUUCACCCUCGAAAAUCAAGGAUGCCUAUACCCUGACCGUGAUGUCCUCCCCCUCACCGCCCACCGAAAGUGAGUACGGUGACUCCGAUUUGCCACGCUCACCAUGCAAAGAUAUCUCCCGUUCGUGGCCCUCACUUUUGGAGGCAGGUUGCGAGGAGGCCGACAACUUCGGUCGCCAGCAAUUGAAACACAAAUCGGUGUCCACCGAAUUUACGGAUUUGGAGAAAAAUAAAUUGGAAUUGGAACAGGAUCGUCUGAUGAUGGAUAGUUUUAUAGAUCAGGGUUUCGAGACGGGUUCCAAUGAGAUGGAAUCACCCAUACGUUUGCCCCGCAAGUCCAUGUCCAGUGGGGAGUUGGAAAAACCCGAAGAGAAUCCCAAGAAUUUCUCCACACCCAACAAAGAGAAUCCAAUUCAGCGGAUGUUUACCGCCAGCCAACAGGGCCAGGCCAACCAGAAGCACAUGAUCAGCCCCAUUCCCCUGAACAGUCCUCAUCAUCUGAAACACCACACCAUGCAGGUGAUAAAAGAAGACUGCUCUCUGGAGGAUUCCCAGGAGCUGGAGUACAGCAAUAGCUCGGAAUCCUAUCACAUGGCGGGUAGCUAUUUUAAUGGAGAGGUUAGCUAUGCGGGACAGCGUAGCUACUCCUCAUCGACCUCCCACCCCUCUCUGGGUGUUAGCCACAAGGUGGAGAGCUCCCAGUUCUGGAUCUCCUUUGGCGAUUUCACCACCGCCAUGAAUAUCCACUUCUAUGAGAGUGAGCGCCUGAUGUUGCUCAGCAACAUUUUCUCUCAGAAAUGUGCCGAGAAUCGGGACAUGUCCUUUGGCAUUGAUUCGCAGAAAUUCUCCGCCGAGUGUCCUCUCAGCCAAGAGGAUAUUCUCAAAAAGAUACCACAAAUGGAAAACUGUUCGCAAUACUGGUUCUCCACGGGAGAUGUCCUUCUCCCCUUUGCCGGGAAACCCAUGACCCCUGCCAAGAUUCAAGCCUUCUUUAGCUACAUACGAGAAUUCAUGGUGGACAAUCAAGGCCAGCUGCGAUUCGGCAUUGAUUCCUAUGAAUUUUCCAAUUUUCCCAACCUCACACCCACCAGCACCAAUGCCACCUAUAGCUGGCCCAGUGUCUCCUCCCCCCUCAAGACCAGUGAUUUGGAUCAAUCCGAUUUUGAGUCGGUAGAACUUGAGCAAAGCAUUAGCUUUUCGGCGCUGGGCAAUCAAUCCGACACGGGGUCCAUUAAAAGUGAAGAGUCACCCGAUGCCUUGGAACAGCUAUUCGAGGAUGCCCGAAAUUUGAAUUUAAGUAAAACUCAAACCGACAAAUUGGCCAUGGCCUCAGAGCUAACCGUGCCCGAGAUGCUCAAGACCCUGCAUAAUCAGCAAGAGAAACUUAAGUCCCUCGAAGAACGCAUGCUCCAUUGUGGCCCCCUCAACUCCAGUACCACCAGCAGUGGCAAAAAUCUCGAACAAUUUCGUGAAUCUCCGGAAUACAUGCGGAAACUAAGAAGCAUCAUUGCAGCCAUUGACAACAUUGGCCGAGGCAACAACGGAUUCAAUGCCUGCUCCAUUGAGCAACUGGAAAGUUUCAUGUUUUUCUUGAGUCGCUAUGCCGAUCUCUGUCUGGCCAAUUGCACGGCCCACAUUGAAAAGAUCUUGGAUGUGGUCAUGCAUCAGCGUUCAUUUCAGGCCUAAAAAUUUCUCUUCGAAAAAAAAAUUGCAGAAUUUCAACUGUACCAACCCCCCUCAACCCUCCCCCGAAACAACAUUCCUUCCAAAACAUUUUAAAAAUGACUCGACUACGGCCUUCCAAAAAGGCUAAGGUUUUUUUUUUUGCAUAGCUUCGUUUUUAAGGUAUUAAUUUUAAGCGUAUUUUUAGAUAGAUAUGUAAGCCUACAAAAAAGAUCUUCUAAAGAUCAUCCGGACCAUGUUAGUGUAUAAGUUGAAAUUUGAAAAAAAAAAUAAAGAAGAAGAAAAUUUGCCGACUUCGGAAAAA